UGCUCCUUCAACACACCAAAAUAACCGACGGUUACAAGAAUGUUCUGCAAAACCAUAAUGCAUAAUGCAUGAGAGAGAAACACUAUUCCUCCAUUUUCAAAUUCCCCUUUCUCUCUAACCAUCAUUUUCUUUCACCAUUUUUUUUUUUAAUUUCUUUUUUUCUUACACCUGCAUUUUACUUUGCUAUUUCUUCCAUUUCUUUAUCCGAUCGAUGAACGCACUUCUUUCGGUUUUGCAACUUUUCGCGUUAAAUGUUUUCCUCUUUCGGAAUUCGGCGUUCGGAUUAGCUUAGGGUUUCAGCGGAAAAAAAAAUUUCUCUCUCUCCCUUUUUGUACAGAAUUGUUUUUGGAAUGGAACCUCGCGUUGGGAAUAAGUUUCGGCUUGGUCGUAAGAUCGGUAGCGGAUCGUUUGGAGAGAUCUAUUUAGGUACUAACAUUCAAAAUAAUGAAGAGGUUGCAGUUAAGCUUGAAAAUGUCAAGACAAAGCAUCCUCAGUUGCUAUAUGAAUCCAAGUUGUACAGAGUUCUCCAGGGAGGAACUGGAAUUCCUGAUAUUAGAUGGUUUGGAGUUGAGGGAGAUUACAAUGUUCUAGUGAUGGAUCUUCUUGGACCUAGUCUUGAAGAUCUAUUUAACUUUUGCAGUAGAAAGCUCUCGCUAAAGACCGUUCUCAUGCUUUCUGAUCAAAUGAUCAACCGUGUUGAGUUUGUUCAUUGUAAAUCUUUUCUACAUCGGGAUAUCAAACCAGAUAAUUUUCUUAUGGGAUUGGGAAGGCGGGCAAACCAGGUUUACUGUAUUGAUUUUGGUUUGGCCAAAAAAUAUAGGGAUAGUUCAACCCAUCAACACAUUCCAUACAGAGAAAAUAAGAAUUUAACUGGGACUGCUAGAUAUGCAAGUAUGAAUACCCACCUUGGCAUUGAGCAGAGUCGAAGAGAUGAUUUGGAGUCUCUUGGUUAUGUCUUGAUGUAUUUCCUGAGGGGAAGUCUCCCUUGGCAAGGACUUAAAGCGGGAACCAAGAAACAGAAAUACGAGAGAAUCAGUGAAAAAAAGGUUUCUACCUCUAUUGAGGCAUUGUGUCGAGGUUAUCCAACAGAGUUUGCAUCAUACUUCCAUUACUGCCGCUCAUUAAGGUUUGAUGAUAGGCCAGAUUAUGCUUACCUCAAGAGAAUAUUUCGUGACCUGUUUAUUCGUGAAGGAUUCCAGUUUGAUUAUGUGUUUGAUUGGACAAUUUUGAAGUAUCAGCAAUCACAGCUAGCCGCACCUCCUGCACGUGCUGUUGGUCCUGCUGCUGGAACUAGUUCUGCAAUGCCACCAGCUGUGACUAAUGCUGAUAGACAAACAGGAGAGGAAGACGGACGACCCCCUGGUCUGAUUUCAGGGGAUUCCACAAGGAGAAGAAUGUCAAGCACCAUCUCAAACACUGUAAAUAUUUCAAGACAGAAAAAUCCUGUCACCGUGGAUGCUGCUCUUAAUAAGGAAGCUAUGUUAUCAAAGCCCAAUGUCUUGGGUCAGUCAAGUGGAUCAAGGCGAGCGGCUGUUUCCAGUAGCCGAGAUGCAUUUGCUGGUAGUGAUUUGGAUUCUCGUACUCGUACUACUGAGGUUAACCCUGGAAUGCGCAAAAUAACAUCUGGGAGAAAUGCAUCUUCUCAUGUCAAGAACUAUGAAAGUGCUGUCAAGGGCAUUGAAGGUUUGCAAUUGGAAAAUGACAAGAGGGCACAUUAUUAACUCCUUACCCUUUCAUGUUGUAAAUAUAUAUUUGAGUUGAGGAACACUGCAAUGCAAUAGUUGCAUACGUUACUAAGGUGAGCUGUGAAGGGAUAACUCAGAAAUCUGGGGCUGUGUUGUUUAACCCUUGUGCUCAUACUCUGAUUAAGUGGGGAAGCUCUGGUUUGCAUGGGCACUUGUCUUCUGGUAAGAACCCUAAAUUUUGUAAUAUUUUCUUGAGUUAUUGUUUUACCAGAUGCUUAUAGUGUCAUGUGGACCACAUUGUUCAAAAAUAUCAAAUACCACAAAAAAUCUACUCAUGUUUUGGUGAAACUGAAGUUUCCAAGACGUGUCUGGAUCUCACUGCGGGCGUUGUCAGAAGUAUUUUAGGUUCUUGAAAGGGUAAUUCUUAUCAGCUUGAAUCAUAUUUUUUUCUCAUGUUUCCCGUAAUUGUUAUCUCUGAAUAACAUUUACAUCAUUUUUAUUUCAAAUAUUUUAGAAGGAUUUAUUUAAAUUGGAGUAUGGUGCUUCACAUAUGCAUAGGGGAUAAUCGUUCUUUCUCAGAUGUGUCUGAUUAAGAACUCGUUGUACAAAAUUGUUUGAAAAAUAUGACUUUCACCUAUUUGAAGGUUUCAUUUAGUCUUAAAUAUCAUAAGUUUUUAUA